AUGAGAAAAGCAGUUUCUAGAAUAAUACCUUCGAGGUCAAGAAGCUCAUCAGAGAAUGAAGGUUCUUUGAAUUCGCCGUUUAAAAUAGAUUUCCAAUCAGUAAGUGAUUUUUAUAUAAUACUAGAUAAUCCUCAUAAUUCUUGGUUACCAGGAGAUGAAGUUAGUGGACAAAUCAUUCUUAUAUCAAAGAAAAACCUUGCCAAUGUGGUUAUAACCUUAUCGUUGAUUGGAUUUGUUAAAAUCAAUGCAUCUUCACAUUCUAAAUUAAGACCAAUAAGGCAUAAUUUAUUUAAUCAUACUAUCAAGAUAUAUGGUGAUAACGCCACCCCUCAACCUCAAGAUGAUAAUCAACAAUAUUCCAAUGGAUUAUUUAAAGGUGAACAUCGAUUCCCUUUCAUUGUCAAAUUACCUAAUAAGAGAGUAUUUACAAGUAUUGAUUUUGGUAAAGGAUCUAUUAGUUAUGUUUUAAAAGCCUCAAUGACAGAUUCCACCAGUCAAAACGAAUUAACGUCGAAUAACUUGAAGAAACUUAAUACCAUAAAUUCUGAAAACAAUUCAAGUUCUUUAUUAUCGAAGACCAAAAACUUGAAGUUUUUACAUAAUUCCAAUUUCACAUCAGAGAAGAUAAUCAAUUUGAUUAAUCCUAUAGAUGUGAGUAGUUUACCACCACCUCGACCCAAAAAAUUGAUUAUUAAAGAUCCAAGAGCUAAUAGGAAAUUAUCAAGGACUCAAUCGUCAAACUCAACCAUAAAUACAUUCAAUACUUAUAGUACGUUUUCAUCGAAUAAUUCCGAUCCUAACGAUUCGAUUUCAACCCAUACUCGUGAUGACGAAGGAACAACUGAUGCUCAAGAUACCCCUGCAUCAACAGCCAAUGGGCAACCACCCUUACCAACCACCAACUCAUCGUCGAAUGUCACUACAGUGCCAAAUUUCAAUAAUGGUCAUUUACAAGUUCAAUUUGAAGAAGAUCAUGGACCUUCAACUCCAAUUCCUUCGUCAGUAUCAUACGAUUCACCAAAACCUGAAACUAUCAAAGUAUCAAUGACCAUCCCCCAAAGAGGUUAUCUUCGUGGAGAAAACAUUCCUAUUAAAAUCAAUGUCAGUCAUUUAAGAAAAAUUCAAGAUAUCAAUGGAAUAAUACUCACAUUCGUAAGAGUUUGUAGAUUGGAUAAUGGACCCGAAGGAUUAUUCGAUUCUUUCAGGAAAGAUUUAUCCCAAUCAGUUAUCCCAUUAUAUGUUGAUCCUGUAACAUUAAAAUCGGAAAUCAAGUCCAAUAUUCGAGUUCCUGCCGAUGCUUUCCCAACUAUUAGUGGGUGUCCAUUAGUUUCAUUUCAAUAUUUUGUUGAAGUGUUAAUCAAUUUAUCGGGGAAGUCCGUAUUAUUGGAUGUUAAUGAUACUGCUAAACCAUCAUCGAGUGAAAACGGACAUCCAUCACCAUUAAUUGAUUUCCAAAAUCAAUCAUCAGCUAAUGUUAAUGAAGAUAAUGACAAUAAUAAUGAAGCUAAAACAUUGAAUGAAUUCAAAAGACAAUUUCAAUAUUUAUCAGGAUCAUUUGAUUUCAAUCAAAAGGAAAGAUCAAGUUUUAUCAAUACUGAUAAAUAUAAGAGAAUGAAGAAAUUUUUACAAUUAACUUCAGAAGUCAUUAUAGGAACUCACAGAUCACCCAAUUUCAAUUCAACUACUAACAGGAUGGAUAUUCAAGAUUCAAAUUCACCAGCAUCUCAUAGAUCAUCAACAUCAAGUAAUUCACCUGCUCAACCAUUACAUCAACAAACACAAAUUCAACCAUCAAUUCCUGAAGUAGAACCCAUCGAAUUCAAUAACAUUUCUCAUGAUAAUGAACUUGAUAAUAGUAUACCAAAUUAUGAUGAAGUCAAUGUUAAUUUAAUACCCAUGCCAAACCUACAAUUAACAGAAAAGGAAAGAGUUAAAGCUCAUGAAACUAGUUUAUUACCAUCAGAACCUCAAAUAGACUUACAAGAAGAAUCACCUGAAUCUAUAAGUCCAAUUGAAAGAGAUGAUGGAAUGUUAAUGGAUGGUGAAUCACAACCUGAAGUUCAAGACCUUCAAGAAAUUCAACAACACCAAGAGCAAGAGCAAGAACAAGAACAACAAGAUUAUCAAAUGCAUGAUAACUUUAAUUUUUUCGAAAUUUCCAAUAAUGAAACAAUUGAUUAUGUUCCAAAUUAUGAAAAAUCUACCAAUGAUCAAUUAGUUGAAUCUCAACCAAAUCCUUAG